CAAAGUGAUACCAAUGUACACCUGAAAAUCUAUGACAUGGUUGGUAAACCUACAAUCACAACUUCUUCCUCGCUUCCUAAAGAAAAGGAUUCAGUCACCCUCACCUGUACCUCUACUAAUGCAGAGAGAAUAUUAUGGAGCAGGGUCCCCUCAGGAGCCCCUCUCCCUUCUGGGGCCACUCUAUCUCAAGAUAACAGGACUGUCUCCUUCUCCAGGAUUCACCGUUCGGACUCCGGAGGUUAUAGAUGCCAGGCUAGUAACCCUGUCAGUACGGAGAACAGUGAUCCCGUCACAAUGACCGUGGCCUAUGGCCCAGAAAACGUGAAAGUAAAAUACAAGUCAUCUUCAAAAUCUCUCCUUUUAUUAGAAUGUUCUGCUGAUUCUGUCCCACCAGCCACCUACCAUUGGAGACUAAAUGGGACAGAUAUAAAACAACAGCAGAGCCAGCUUCAGGUAGCUCAGAGGAGGUUGAAGUGAGGGGACUUACACAUGUGUGGCCAGGAACUCAGUGACGCAGCUUACUGCCAUGGACUCUGUAUAUGUGAAUGUAACAUUCGCUUCAACACUAUGUCAGACCUCUGGAAGUGGACUUGGCGGUGGGGAAAUUGCUGGAAUUGUCAUCGGCACAGUGUUUGGGAUAUUCCUCCUUGA